AUGUCUUUCGAUUUCAGAGGCAAGGUGAUUGUAAUCACAGGAGCUGCUAGUGGUAUCGGCCUCGCCGUGGCAAAACGCCUUCACACUGAUAAGGCCCAACUCGCCCUGUGUGAUCUAAACACCGCCGGCCUGGACCAGCUUGCUGAGGAGCUACAGUCGCCUCAUCACAAAAUCUUCCACCUGGAUGUGACAUCAACCCGGCAAUGCCAGGACACAAUUUCCAACAUUGUCAGUGACUUGGGCAAGAUAGACUGUCUCUUCAAUUGUGCUGGUAUAAACCCGACAACUCUACCACUGCAGGCGACGACAGAUGAGUAUUGGGACAAGAUCGUGGACACAAGCCUAAAAGGAACGUACCUCAUGACCAGAAGCAGCAUUCCGCAUUUGACUGAAGGUUCUGUCAUUGUCAAUGUGUCCUCGGUGGCAGGACUAAAGGCAAGUGCUGGCCAUGCCAUAUACAACGCCGCAAAAUUUGGCGUGAUCGGCUUCUCACAAUCCAUGGCACUGGAACUAGGUCCCCGGGGGAUUAGAGUCAACGUUGUCGCUCCAGGAUCGAUAAGGACUCCGACAAACAAUUCUGUUCGUCAGGGCAAGGAGGUGAUAGAAAAGACUGAGCAGGGUGUCGCGCUCGGAAGGAUGGGAACCGCGGAAGAGGUGGCCAACGUAGUAGCAUUUUUGUUCUCUGAGCAAAGUAGCUACGUUAACGGCAGCGUCAUCGAGAUAUCUGGAGGUCUCUAG